UCAACAAAAGUGUCCAUGCUUCAGUUUCUCAUAAAAUUCCAAAACGCGUGUUUUGUUUAGAUUCCGAGAAUAAAACGUAAAAAUUUAACGUAACAAUAACUGGUUAGCGAAAAUGCUCCGCCGUCAAGCCCGUCUCCGUCGGGAGUACCUCUACCGAAAGGCAGUGGAAAGCAAACAUAAAUCCCUGCAAGACAAGAAAGCAAAGAUCAAGCAAUCCCUCGAGGAGCACACGCCGAUUCACGGAGAUCUGAAAAAGGACGCCCUCACCCUACAGGACAAGCUCAAAUGGAACGAUGAAGGACCUAAACGAGCAGCGGAAAUCGGAGGAGUCAGUGGUGGUGCAAACACAGCCGAUUCCCAGGAUGACGAGUACCGAUACGCCGGGUGUGAAGAUCCAAAGAUAAUGAUCACCACUUCCAGAGAUCCUUCGGCGAAGCUGAAACAAUUUGUGAAGGAAAUGAGACUGAUCUUUCCGAACGCGCAACGGAUGAACCGUGGUAACUUUGAGAUGAAACAACUGAUCCAUGCUUGUCGGGCGAACAACGUAACGGAUUUCAUCGUGGUGCACGAACAUCGAGGUGUUCCGGACAAUUUGAUCAUCUGCCAUCUUCCGUACGGACCAACAGCUUCGUUCAACUUGUCUGGAGUUGUGAUGCGACACGAUAUCCCCGACAUUGGACCGAUGAGUGAACAGAAACCUCAUUUGAUUUUCCACAAUUUCAAAACAAAACUGGCCGAGAGAACGAUGUCGAUUUUGAAGCAUCUAUUCCCGGUGCCGAAGGAAGACGCCAAACGCGUAAUGACAUUCGCAAAUCACGAUGAUUACAUCAGCUUUCGCCAUCACACGUUCAAGACAGUGGAUCGGGAGAUGGUUAUGACGGAGGUAGGCCCGAGAUUUCUCCUGAAACUGUACCAGAUCAAAUUGGGAACGCUGGAUGACCUGGAUGCGGCUGACACAGAAUGGGUUUAUCGGCCUUACAUGAACACGGCGGCCAAGCGGAGGUUCCUCUCGGACGACGACGGAUGGCAGCAGGAUGAUGAUGUACAAUAAUUUGGGUAUUAUAAAUAAAGUUGAUUCGUAUAA